AAUUCUGUGCUCGUAAUGAGCAAUGAGGAAAGGCGGUGUGUAGGAUCGUCUGGGCCACGCCCCCCGCUUGACAACCAGCACGCCUGGUGUUCGUCUCCCAGCAACCAGUCAGUCCGCCGCUACGUCCCGCUGCAGGCCGUCCGGACUCCCGGAGUGACAGUUACCUCCACAUCCAGGCUUCCAUGGAACCGGACCGGGACUGAGCCGAGGUGUCGCCAUGAACGACCGGUAUCACCGGGCGGCCCGGGACGGCUUCCUGGACGUGCUAAAGGAGGCCACACGGAAGGAUCUGAACGCCCCGGACGAGGAUGGGAUGACACCGACCUUAUGGGCCGCUUACCACGGCAACCUGGAGGCGCUCCGGCUCAUCGUGAGCAGAGGGCCACCCUGCAUUCGACAGCCAAGGGCAAGGCCAAGAUACAGAAGAAGCUCGAGAAAAAGAAGCAGGUUGACGGUACGUUCAAGAUCUACGAAGAUGGGAGGAAAAGCGUGCGCUCGCUGUCUGGCCUGCAGCUAGGCAAUGACGUGAUGUUCCUCAAACAGGGCACCUACACCAACCCCAGAGAGCGGUCGCGGCUCAACAUCCGUGAUAUGUUUCCCCGUGACAUUGACGACGAUGCUGACACCAUCUCCCGAGCCAUGAGUGACCCAGGCCUGCACGAGGCGGCUUAUUCCGAGAUCAGCGCAGACUCCGGGCGUGACUCGCUGUUCACUCGACCGGGGCUCGGGACCAUGGUUUUCAGGAGGAACUAUAUGAGCGGAGGCAUGUUUGGAAUUGGGGUAGAGGAAAGCGUUGCAGGGAGUGAACCUGUGGGGAGAGCGCCUAACGUCCGACUGCGAGGAAAACUGCCUCGACACUUGCCCAGCUUCGAUGAGGAUAGUAUUGGCAGCGCUUUGAGCCUGCAAGAAAGAAAUCUGCAGGAGCUGCCCUGGGAGGAGACUGAGCUUGGGCUGGAUGAGGACAUGGAGCCAGAGAACAAUCCUCUGGAGACUUUCCUGGCCUCUCAGAGUCUCAGUGAGUUCAUGCCCAUAUUCAGGAGGGAGAAGAUCGACUUGGAAGCUCUGUUGCUAUGCUCUGAUACAGACCUCACCAGUAUCCACAUCCCUCUAGGGCCCAGGAAAAAACUGUUGGAUGCCUGUAAGAGACGUUUGGAUACUCUGGAUGAACCAGAGGCCAUUGAAGAUACUGAGCUGUGAAGCUCAGUAUCGCCCAUAUGUCUGAAAUCAGGACCACAGCUUUGUGAAUUGAAUGCAAUUUGCUGCUCGAAAUACAAAAAGCAAAAAGAAAUAUAGAAAAUAUUUUGUGCAGUAUUAAUAAAAUGUCCGAGCUUUUAAUGAUAGCAGUUCUCUAAGUUGUGCAUUAUUUCUUUAUAUUUCACCCCAGAUCAACCUGAGCAGAAAACAGCAUUUUUAUGCCUGAACAGCACCAUCUAGUGGUGACUUAUCAUAUCAAUUUAAAAUUUAAAUCUAUGGACCUGUAAGAAAUAUUAGUUGGUGGCAUUACACAUUACAGUUAUAUGUAAUUUUAUUUUACCUAAUUAUUCAUGUAAUUGAAUAAGAAGAUGUAUAUGCAGUGAUGCUGUACAGUCGGUGAAGUAAUGACAAUUUCACGGGAAAGCUGCGACACCUGUAUGUACCUAAACCUCAACCCUAAUAUAUGUGUGUUUUUUUUAUUGUACACUUUUCUUACAUUUAAAUGUUAUUUUACCUCAUGGCACAUAUGCAGUGGUGACUGAACAGUAUAUUUGUGAUGUAUGAAUGUAGCCGCAGACGGAGUGACAAACAGUGUUGCAACAGUAAAACAAUGAGGUGUCAGAGCGGUGCUAGAUAACGCCGCUAUCUCAGGUUACUGCAGGAGCUAUUUGGUUACGCUGAAGGUCUGCUGCCGGAUGCACUCCACAGUACGACUGUGCAUGAAUGUACCUUUUUAUGUUGGCAAAGAACUUUUUGUAAUGAUGCACUCACAAACGUUAUUAUCUUUUCGUAAAAUAAAGGGGAAAUUCUUAUUGCGUUGUGCUUGAAUUUAUUCAGUGUUAAUGAGUUUAUUAUCUCAGGAACUUUUACAUUAUGCAGCACAUAUAAAACUUCUGUUAAAACAGCUGAUAGAGGAAGUCUGUCAGCUGGUGUCGAACCAUUUCAUUUCUGGUCCUCCAUCUCUGCUGAAGUUUGUCAUUUUGUUUCUUUAUGUUGUAGCCUCGUGUCUUUUUGCAACACUAACAUUUUUAAGUAAUAUGACUCAUCAUUGUGGAUGCAUUGAGCUACUUUCUUGCUGUUCUUUAUGCAUUUUUGGUUGUUUUCUAUCUUUUUGUAGCCACUUUGUCUGCACUGUAUCUUCAUGAUAUCUCUUUAUAGUCCCUCUGUCUUUCUUCAUUGUAAAUUUGUGUCUUUGGUAGCUGUCCAAGACCUCUUUUUAGUCACUUCCUGUCUGUAACUUUAACUGCCUGUGUUGCUUUAUAGUCUUUGUGUCAUUUCUUGUGGUCCUUUUAUCAAUUUCUCUUUUGUCUAUUGUGUCUUUU